AGACUGUCCAAGGGUUAUUGGGAAUAUGUAAAUGUAGAUGGAUACAGUUAAGGCACAAGAGUGGACUUAUAAUGGGAUGCAUUAUUAGAUUGAUACAAUGCACCUUGCUUGCCCAGGAGCCAAUACAGAGGAGACAAAGGAACAGUCUCAGCUGAUUCGAGCCGGUCAGAAGGACGAGUUCUAUCAAACUUUCCUUAGGAACAGCGCGAAUGAAACCUUUCAAACGCUUGCCGGAUCCAAAAGGUGGCUGGACUGGAGGAAAGAAAUUGAACUACUUUCAGACGUCGCUUAUUUUGGUUUGACAACACUCAUAGGUUACCAGACCCUGGGUGAGGAAUACGCCAAUAUCAUCCAAGUUGACCCCAGUAAAAGACGCAUUCCCUCCCCAGCAAGACGAGGCCUCUUUGUUUUCUGCCAUACAUUGUUGCCAUACGUUUUGGACAAGCUCUUGGUCUGCUUGGAGAAUGAGCUCGAAGGCGCACAGGAGACUAGCUGCGGUGUCAGACGGCGGCAGGCUGCAUCCGGGCCGUGGAGCCUGGAACUGUGGUUGAGGAGAUGCAUCCGGAGGGCGGUGGGACUGUUGUCAGAGCGCCAGAGGAUAAAGUGUUUGCCGGCUGUGUUUGUCCUCCAGCAGACAGUGACCCUUCUACACAGAUUCCACGUGGCUUUCUUUUACGUCAGCGGCAUUUUCUAUCAACUGUCCAAGAGGACUUCUGCAAUCAGCUAUCUGCGUGCUUCAGGGCCUCAGAGCGAUGACAGGUCCAUUAGGAGCAGCUACAGGCUGCUGGGAGCCAUCUCGCUCAUCCAGCUGCUCAUCACAGUAUGUCUGCAGCUCAACAACUUUAGACAAAGGCAGCGAGCCAGACAGGAAUGGAAGCUCCAGAGGAACCUCACGGGCAGUCCACAGCAAACCCAGAAGACAAAGUCCUCGCCCAGUCGCUGCAUCCUCUGCCUGGAGGAGCGCAGACAUCCAACCUCUACCCCCUGCGGGCACCUCUUCUGCUGGGAGUGUAUCACAGAGUGGUGCAACACCAAGGCCGAGUGCCCACUGUGCCGUGAGAAGUUCCAGCCUCGUCGACUAGUGUACCUGAGGAACUACAGCUAGAAGACUCGUUUCAUUUAAAAAUACAUGGAUGACAGAUGCUUCCAAGGAUCUCCAACAAAAAAAAAUCAUAAUUUAAAGACUAUUUUCCAUCUUGUAACUUUCUCUGUCUCAAAUUAUAUUCAGUACAUACUGUAGGUCAGAUUUUUAAAUGAAUCAUUGUGCCUUUUUUUUUAUAAAAAAAAAAAAAAAAGAAAUGUGAGAGUUCUAUUUUUGAUUGCAUCAGUCAAUAUUACUGAAAAAAAACUGUUUGACUGGAGCUUAUAGUAUAAUUUACUAAAUUCAGCAAUCCACUAUGAUUUUCUUUAUUGAAUGAGUACAAUAGAUGGAAGAAAGUGAUCUGUUUACUCGGAAUGUCCAUAAAACAUCGUGGAACAAACAGCGUCUGUCAAACAGCAUCUGUCAAAAUAAAAAUUCUAUUCUUCUA